AUGACUGAACAACAAACAGUGUUAAUUGAUGAUCUUCAAUUAAUUUCAAAUCAAUUUCCAUGUGGUGAUAUUCUUUGGGAAAUUUUAUCAUUUUGUAAUGAUUUUACAUUUAUUGUAAUGAAUUGUGCACUAGUUUCCAAACAGUGGUACCAUGUCAUUUUGGAAAGAUGUAAACUCUCAUUAACCUGCAAUUCGGAUCAGAAAUUGAAGGGAAAAUUUCUUGAAAGAGUUUCAAAUUUCACAGUUAAAAAGAAUGAAGAAGGAAAUUUGUUUAAUUGUCAAAUUUUUGAAUGUUUGAAGAAUUUGACAAGAAUUGAUAUCAGUGAUAAUGAAAUUAGCGAUGAAAGGGUUAAGCAUUUUGGUAAUUUGACUCAUUUGACAAAUCUUGUAAUUAAUUGUAACGACAUUGGUGUAGAGGGAGCUAAAUGUCUUUGUCAACUGAAUCAAUUAACAAGGCUUAAUAUUGGAAACAACAGUCUUGAGACUGAAGGUGCUAAAUACAUUAGUGAACUGAAGAAUUUGACCAAACUUGAUAUCGCUCGCAACUGUAUUGGUGAUAGAGGUGCUCAAUUUAUUACUGAAAUGAAACAACUGACUUCUCUAAACCUUAACAGGAAUGGAAUUGAAUAUUUAGGAGCAAAAUUUAUUAGUGAAAUGUAUCAAUUAACGAGUCUUGAUAUCAGUAACAAUGACAUUGGUUCUGAAGGAGCUAAACAAAUUAGCAAACUCGACCAAUUGACCAAACUAUAUAUUUACGAUAAUAAUAUUGGUGAUGAAGGAGCUAUGCACAUUAGCGAAAUGAAACAACUAACUAAUCUCGAUAUUAGCAGGAAUGAUAUUGACUCAGAAGGUGCCAAAUCCAUAUGUGAACUCUAUCAAUUAACAAAUCUCAAUAUUUGUUCGAAUUACAUUGGUGAAACAGGUGCCAAGCAUAUCAGUGAAAUGAAUAAUUUGACCAUUCUUGAAAUUGGCAGUAAUGAAAUUGGAUCUGAAGGAGCGUAUCAUAUCAGCAGAAUGCACCAAUUGACUAGGCUCAUGAUUUUUGCUAAUGAUAUUGGAGAAAAAGGGGCCAAACAUGUUUCUGAGAUGAAACAAUUAACUAAACUCGAUAUUUAUGAUAAUAAUAUUGGUGAUGAGGGAACUAUACACAUUAGCGAAAUGAAACAAUUAACCUACCUCGAUGUUUCAGCCAAUAAUAUUGGUCACGAAGGUGCUGAAUAUAUUAGGAAAUUGAAUCGAUUGACAUUUCUUAAUGUUCACUAUAAUUCAUUCAGUGAUAGUGAAUCAGAACUUAUAGAAAAGGAGUUAAUGAAGGAUUAA